CUCGGCCAUAUUGAAUAGCCGGGCUUUGUCUGGGAAGGAGCUUGCAAGUAGCAGCCACCCCCGGGGCGAUCCGGCGAACCACCGCGUGGACCCCCAACUCGGAACGGCUUUCCAGCUGGGACGCGGGGCUCGGAGGCUCGCCACUGACCACCCACCCUCGCCGGCUCGCGUAAGCCUCGUGGGACUUUUCCUGCACCCCACGGCCGUGGCGGAGCCCCGAAUUUGGCCCCCGCUGGCCUCGCUGCAGACCGAGAAAGCGGGAGGUGGCGCUUCGGCGGCGGCGGCGGCGGCUCGUCCCUCGCUGGCCAGUUGAGGACCCGGGUUCUGCGUGUCGUUGGGGCUCCUGGGCCCACCACCCCGGAUUCCACCCUGGAGAUCUUGAAGACCCUCGAGAAGAGCCAUGUGGGGGGCUGGUUCCCCUGGGGUUUCUUGCCGUCGCCGGAUAACCUGAUCCUCUGGAGCGUCCCGGACGUCUGCAAAGACGUCGAUCUGGACCUCCUCGUGGAAGCCUUGAAGCCCGUGGGCACCUUCAAGAAGAUCGGGAAGGUGUUUCGCCGCGAGGUGGACUCCACGGUGGGCAUGCUGCAGAUCGGCGACGACGUGGAUCACCUGCUCAUCCCCCGCCAGAUCUGGCUGGCCGGGGGCGUGUGGAGGGUCAUGUCCAAGCCCGCUACCAAGGAGGUGGUAUUUCGCGAGCGCCUGACCCAGUUUCUGGAGGAAGAGGGCCGCACCCUAGAAGACGUGGCCCGGAUUAUCGAGAAGAGCACCCCGCACCCGCCCCAGCCCCCCAAAAAGCCCAAGGUCCCACAAGUGCACCGGAGAGUCCCGCUGAUGGUGACGCCUCCGCCCCGGCUGGUCGUGGGCACCUACGAUAGCAGCAAUGCCAGCGACAGCGACCUCAGCGACUUCGAGACCGCGCUGGAGAAGGCCGGCCGCCGCCGCAGCCGCGGCGGGCGGACCCGGAGGGUGCGGAGAAUGCCCGUCAGCUACCUGGGCAGCAAGUUUCUGGGCAGCGACGUGGAGAGCGAGGACGACGAGGAGGUGGUGCAGGCCUACCUGCGGCGGGGCGAGAAGAAGCCCAGCGCCCCCACCAUCCGCCGCCGCGUGGGGGUGCCGGUGCCUGUGGUCGAAGACCCGCCACCGCCCUCCAAGGCCGACAGGUGGCGCGAGUAUGCCAGCCAGGUGUCCUGGGGGAAGCUGAAGCGCCGAGUGAAGAACUGGGCACCGACGCCGCCCCCCCGCGUCAGCGAGCCCCGGCCAGCCGAGCCCCAGCCGGGGGCAGCGGUUAUAGCUGUCCAGGGGGCAGAGAUUGUAGCUGACCAGGGAGUAGAGAUUGUAGCUGACCAGGGGGCAGAGGCCCCAGCUGGCCAGGAGACCCCCGAGGCAAACCCAGCUUCUAGGGGCCACAAGCAGGUCAAGACCGUGAGGUUCCAGACGCCUGGGAGGUUUUCCUGGUUUCGCCUCCGUAAGAGAGCUUUUUGGCACACCCCCAGGCUGCCAACCCUCCCCAAGAGGGUCCCCAGGGCAGCUGAGGCCAGGGGCCUGCACGUGCUGAGGGCUGAGGCCCGAGCAGAAGAGGAGCAGGGUGAUCAAGAAGACCAGCUGUGAGGGCCUUGGCCCAGCCGAGCGCCCCUGCCGGCUGAGUUUUCGGCCCCUUGGGUG